AUGUUUCCAUAGCAUCAAAUUCAUUAUCUCUUUUCUUUGUAAUGGAUUAUCAGCCAAAUACCUCUCUCCGUUUAAGUCUCCUCAAUAAUAAACCAAACCUAGAUCUGGUUCUUGAACCUUCUUCUUCUUCCUCAUCUCCCCACAGUCCAUCUGAACUCCGGGUUUUCUCUUGUAAUUUUUGCGAAAGGAAGUUCUAUAGCUCACAGGCACUAGGAGGGCACCAAAAUGCUCACAAGCUAGAAAGAACUCUGGCCAAGAAACGCAGAGAGCUAAGCUCGGCUAUACGGGCUCAAGGAGGAUCUAGUCCUAGAAGAGGACCCAACAUCAGUGGUUCGAGCCAUGUUCAUCGUGUGCAGCCUUCUCUUGAAGCAUAUGAACAUGGUCAUGCAGGCAUGUUUAGUAGUGAAAUGGGGUGUAGCAGGAGAGAUUUGAAUUAUAGCUCUAGAGAAGGGAUGGAUUCUUGGUCCAAUAGACACAUGCCUGAAAUUAUUGAAGAUGAGUUUAGUCAGCUCGACCUGUCUUUAAGGCUUUGAAUUGCAUCUUCGCCCCCCCUCCCCCUUCUUUUUUUUUUUUUUUUAAUUAUCAUAAAUUUUCAUGAAUUCUCUAUUUUAUAAUUUGGCAUAAUUUAAACUGUAAAAUAGUUUUUUGAAUUUUUAUUAUAAUAUAUAUAUGUAUGAUGUGCAAAACAUUUCAAUAAAUAAGUAGUGAAGGAAGGUCGAGUUUGUGAAAAAAAGAGAAUUCAUUGA